AGACGCACCCAGGCAGAGUGAUGGGCAGCGCAGGCCAGGGGCUGACCGCUCUGCCUCAUGGCCGGAUUGCCCUGCAGGAAGCCCUUCUGCUGACCAGCCUGGAGAAGCCCCCAGCCGCACAAGACCCCGAUACCCGGAGCUGGAGCUCCCUGGACAGCCCCAGCCCCCCGGCCACACCCGAGCAGACCCUGCCCACGUUCUACCUCCACUACUUCGAUAUGCUCUACUCAGAGGACACCAGCUGGGUGCCCAAGGGCCUGGGGGAGACUCCUCAGGACAGCGGCCAAGGGGGCAGGGGCGAAGGGCAGAAGGAGCCAGAGCAGUGUCCCAUCAUCGACAGCCAGGGCUUGGGGCUGAGCCCCGACAUGGACUACCAGGAGAGCCUCCACCUGGAGGAGCACUCACUGGAGCAGGUGCAGAGCAUGGUGGUGGGCGAAGUGCUAAAGGACAUUGAGACGGCUUGCAAGCUCCUCAACAUUGCAGCAGAUCCGGCGGACUGGAGUCCAGGAAACGUCCAGAAGUGGAUCUUAUGGACCGAGCACCAGUACCGACUGCCCCAGAUCGGGAAAUCUUUCCAGGACCUGUCUGGGAAGGAUCUGUGUGCCAUGUCAGAGGAGCAGUUCCGUCAGCGCUCCCUGGUGUGCGGGGACGUGCUGCAUGCUCACCUGGACAUCUGGAAAUCAGCUGCCUGGAUGAAGGAAAAGGCUACGCCCGGAGAAGUGCGAUACUGUGCGGGUGACGAGAGCUGGACGGAUAGCGAGGUGGACUCCUCCUGCUCGGGCCAGCCCAUCCACCUCUGGCAGUUCCUCAAAGAGCUUUUGCUGAAGCCUCAUCACUAUGGGCGGUUCAUUCGCUGGCUCAAUAAGGAGAAAGGCAUAUUCAAGAUCGAGGACUCUGCCCAGGUGGCUCGUUUAUGGGGAAUCCGGAAGAACCGGCCCGCCAUGAACUAUGACAAGCUGAGCCGCUCCAUCCGGCAGUAUUACAAGAAAGGGAUCAUCCGGAAACCUGACAUCUCCCAGCGCCUGGUCUACCAGUUUGUACAUCCCGUCUGAGAAGGGGGCAGGAGCAGGGGAAUGGACUGACCUCCUGGUGGGAUCCCUGUAAUCACAGCACCUCCCACCCACUUCCAAAAAGAGAUCCACCUUUGAUAAUAAAGCUGAAGUCUAGGAUUGUGCAAGAGGCUGGAAAUGCAUCAAACUUCCCGGAUGAACUUCAGAGCUUCCAACCUCCCCCAGGCUACAAAGAGUGUGUGUUGGGGGGAAGAACCCCUGCCUAGCAAUGGACUGCCUGUGAAAUAGUGUGUAUACAUUUAAUUCUGGGGCCAAUGAGUUUGUGUAAAAAGCCCCUUUCUCCCUCUAAAGCUGCGGUGUGAGGGAAUCAAGUGUGUGAGAGGAGGGCAUAACAAUUGGGUGGGGUGCAGGGGCUGAGGGGAUGCUGCCUGCAAGCAACGUCAAACCAAUAGAAGUUACGUCUGGCUGUUGUGGAUGAGGUUAAAUUUCCCCCUGCAGCUUUUCAAGUCUUUGGCUGUGUGAGAGGCACCACCAGGCCAGAUGCCACUUAGCAGAGAUUUAUGACACCCUGGAGGUCACGCAGCAAAACAGCUGGGGGUAGAACCCAGGAGUCCUGCCCACAAGUCCCCGCUGUGGGAACACAGGAGUUGUCAUACUGCAUCAAACCACUGGUCCUUGUUUCUGACCCUGGCUGGCCACCCCUGCUUUAGUGAAAGGUGCAGGUAUCCCUGCAGUGAUGGGUAACUUGCCCCCGGGGGAAGUUUAUUCCUGAUCCCCAUCAGUUAAAGACAGUUGUGUGCCCUGAAGAUUGAUAAGAGACCCACCCCACACACAUACCGCACAACAUCUAGUGAUAAUCAGAUUCAGUCUCCCUUCGGCAAUGCUUUCCCCUUCCAGGUGGGGAGCGUGAGUUGUCCUGAAAUAUCCCAAGGAUAUUGUCAUGGCAAUUCUACUGGUCUUGCUUUUUCCUGGUCUAAAGCUGUUCUCUGGGCAGGGAGGAGAGGUAAUCUCCCCCGCCCCACUCCCCGUCAGCCAGUCCAGAGCCUUUCUUUAAUGGGACAACUCCCUCACUAAUACCCUAACUGAAAUCUGUUCCUUAAAGGGGUGAUCUUCUAUCCUUCUCUGAGCUAGAAAAGUAGCUGGUCAGUCUAAUAAUUAACUGGCAGUCUUCCCCCCGCCCCUUGCUGUAUGCAUGUGAUCAACUAGGCAACGCCCCCCAGCCUUGUGUGGUGGUGUAGGGAUGACCCAGUGUGGAGGGGCGCUGCGAGCUGGCAGAGAGCAGCAAUGCUCUGGUGUAGAUGACUGCCAGAAGAACUGAGGGUUAUUGGCUGGAGAUGCUGCAGCUAAGUAUUCUCCUCCCUCGUGGGCUCGUUUGGAGGUGGGUCAGCAGUCGGAAGCAGUGGAAUCGUCCUGUAGCGUGUGAUGCUGGGUAGCAGCUGCAUAACUGGCUGGGGUGUCCAAGAACCUCUCAACUGUCCUGCUUCUCUUCCUUACGGAAAAACAGUUCUGAAGCAUGUGCCUUGCUAUAUCUGGAAAAUCGCUCAGCCAAGUUCAUUGUGUCCAACUGACCCCCUGAGACAUGCAGUGGGCUGCUUCCCUUUUUCUGGGUGCCUUAUUCCUUAGCACCAUUAUCAUACUUCAGAACUAGAUUCUGAACUUAGGCCAGUAUACAUCGGGAGUAACUCUCUGAACUUCAGCUGGGUUAUUCUGGAUUCACAUUGGUGUAAAUGAGAUCAGAAUCUGGCCCAAAUGUUGUUUUGGAGUCAAGUUCUGCUACUACCUACCCCAGUUCAUCUCCUGUUGCCUUUGGCAAAAGCAGCACCAGCUGUAAACCAAAGACAAGCAUGGCUGAUCACGGGGUGGGCUCUAACUCGGGGAUUGCCUAACUGGGCCAAACCCCUGACACCCGACUUGGAUCUGAAACGACUGAACUAGCCAGUUUGUGGUGUACACUUGAAUGGCUGCAGUGACCAUUUUCGGGCAUUGUAUGUGAAAGGACAAAGUCACCCAUGUGCAGGAUGUGAGAAAGGCUCAUUUGAAAGGAAAGACAAUAGGAUCAUACACAGCAGCCUUCUGCCAGGGCUCACGCUGACCCAAAGCUGGGACACCCUGGCACUUGGAUGCAUGAGAAGGCCAUCUGGCUGAGCAGCAGGGUAACACCAAAAAGCUCUUCUGAGAAGCAUGGAAUCAGCAGGCUGUGUAGUAUGUUGCUUUGCCUGCUGGACAGGUUGCUCAUUGGCCAAUCUCCUAAGCAAGAGUAGAUUGCAAACAGAGUGGGACCAGUGUAUCUUGCAUCCCUUCUGUGCUGCCCCACGGCGGGCAAAAUAAAGGCCACUGGGCAGGGUUCCCUUCCUCCCCACAACUUGUGGCAUUUAUGCCCCAGUUGUGCUGAUUAGUUUCCUAGUGACACCACCAGCCUGUUUGUGAGAAAUCUGCUGCCUACCCUGGGCAAGCAAAGACUGGAGAAAGACCCAGCCUGCUCUCGGAGCACAGAGUAAUCAAAAGUGGGUAGAGUGCAGCAUGACAACUGGGUUAACUUUUGGUGACCAGAGGUUCAGCUUGUUUUUACAGUAAGGCUGUAUUCUGCCUCCUUAAUCUGGCCGGUGAUUAAGGGAAUUCACUGGUGUUGAAAGGGGCUGGGGCAGACAUCUUGAAGACUGACAGUAUAGCCUGGGUAUCAACAAGGCAAAUUUUCCUAUCCCCAUACUUCCAGCUUCAGUCCCCAUCUGGCAGUCCCCCUUCUAGCGUUGACUAAGGAAGUCAUUCUCCAUCCAAUAUGGGCUCAAGGCUGCAGACUUUGGAUCCAGAUUUCAAAGUCCCCAAGGUGUUUGAAUCUGGGCUUUUUGAUUCAGCGCAUUAUAAAGAAUGGAGCCAUUUGCAAAAUUCAGAUCAAGGUUUGCAUUCCAACCUCCACCCCCAAAAUAGCCAGCACUUUGGCUCAGCCUGUGUGUGAUCUCUCUGCCCCAGUCAGUCUUUAAUCUUUCUGCUCAGACUGCCAACUACGUAUGGACAUCUGUCGGCUAAGAACUAGACAGAGACCCACCAGCACUGCACAGGGCUUUCUUGACUGCCUUAUUCUUGUACCUGUUUUUAAAGGGAUUUUUCUUUUUUUUUACACUUCCGCAGUUUACUCCCACAGGGAAACAAAUCAACAGAAGAUGACAAGAUUAUAGUACACUAGAAUUUGGACAGAGGGUAGAGGAUUGUUUAAACUGUACAUUUCAUAACAGGCCAAAUUACCUGGUAAUGUUGAUCUUUUAUAUUAUAAUUUUUUCAUUUGUUUUCUUUUGGUUUUGGCUGCUGAGACGUUGUGGUCCAGGUUCAAAUGAAGCAUUUAGAAGGGAGACAAGGUUAUCUGUCAAAUCCUUUGUAAGAAUUUAAAGAAAAAUAUACAUACAUGUUUUAUUUUGUUUUUGUUUUUUUAACUUAAAAGAGCUGCCUGUGUUGGCUGCUGCCUUUGUAUUUCCUUCUGAUAAUUUUGUAUUGUUUACAUGUCAGAGUAGGAGCUCAAGUGCUUAGAUUCCCAGCAUAUGUUGUAUCUCGUUGCCUUGAAGUUCUGAUGCCUUGCGGGGGUUGGGGGUGGAGGGAGACAGCUUUGUGUCUUCUGAAAAACAGUGAAAUUUGUGCCAUGUGAUUAUUUGUGUGUGUAAUGAAGAGGGGGAAAAUUGAUGUGAAUCAAGUGGCUAAUAGACCCCUCCCCUAGCCGAGGAUCGAUCCAGUAACCUCCUCUCUAUUACAAUGAACAAUGGUCUAGUCUGUUUUGGGGUUGUUGUUUUUUUCAGUUUGCAGUGGAAAGGGUGUAUGCGGAUAUGUGCAAAGUAAGUGUUUCCUUGCCUCUGUGUAUGAGAACGUGUGUGUGCGUCCCUAUAUGUGUGCAGGGAACAUGCACGGUCCAAGAGCGUGUGUGUGUAUGAAGGCUGCGGGGCAGUAGUAACAAACUCUAAGUGUAGGGAGCAGCUGCUGCUGUCCACCUUGAUUUCUGCUAUAGCAACAUGAUGUCAAAGGCAAACAAAGCUGCCCUUCUGCCAUCUGUCACUCCAGCCCUGCAACCUUUGGGGGUGUCUCAAGUUGGGAACCCAUAAUCACAUGCCAGUUUGGUCCCUAGAUCCUCCUUUGCUUUCCCCCAUCCCUUUCCCUUAUUGCUAGGGCAGAGGCACGUUCUUGCAUGAGGCUGUGUGAAAAUGUUCACUCACACCUAGGUGCUGCUUUUGCACAAUCAGACCUCCUGUCCCCCUGGACUACUGUGCCUUUAAGGGAGCAGGUAAGGACACUGACUAAAGAGGUGACCCAGUGAU